AAGGCGAAGAGUGUAGUAGUUGCUACGUACAGGACGUGAAAAGAAAGUGGUUAACAUUUGCCAGAUAUGCCAAGUCUCUUGAGUGCACUAGCCAUAAUUCAAUUCAACUCCGACAGCCGUUUUUCGAGGAACCGUGAGUUGGCGACAAAGCGCGCAGUGAAUUUCCCUCUUCGUUAACCUGGUACAGUGUGAUUGGUGCGUGACGUUUAGUCCGAAUUUCAGAAGGUGAACUGAUACCGAAUAUUACUUUCCCGUAUCGGGCAAAUAUUUGAGAAGAAGAGGGCGGCGAACAGUGAAAAUACGUCAUAUUCAAGGUUUCCUUAGUGAUCUGAGAGCGGCCUACAUAACUGCAAUACACGCGUGCGUGUGUGUCCUUAUAUAUGCACACACACGCAUACACGUUGUAGCCAUAAACGUUGAAAUAACCCGAGGAAACUGUGCUUACACUAAUUCCGUGGACUUUUUUUUCAGCUAGGUCGAGAAAGAUCUUGAAUAACAAUCAGGAAAAGCGAUUCCAGACUUCCAGGUUCACAACGUUGGAAGCCAGCAGCCUUGUUUUCGAUUCGCAUUGAAAUGAAUUCACUAUAUAGUUUGACCAUAGUAUCCACGGUGUUAAUCGCGGUACUACUAGCCGAGGAAACGUUAGAAGAGGAUAAAAACAGAAUUCGGGACUCCGUCAGAUUUCUACAGCGACUAGAGAACACUCGUCAGAAUGUGGCUGCUCUCCGCGACAACAUCAUCAGUCUAGACGGGGAUCUACAACACGAGCAAAAGCGAACCUGUAGUGUUGGCCUGAACAGUGAUUCCUGUAAGACAAUGGCAGUGGACGAUGCCAUGAACGCCUUAGAUUGGAUGUCAAAUGGCUUUAGCCCUGGAAAGCGGAGCGCUGAGAAAACGCGUGACUUGGCCAGGACCGAAGCGAUGCUAAGGGAGAUAAUCCGGAGGCGUCAGUCGAUGCGCAGCCUCAAGUCAUUGCUGGAUCAGACUGAAAACCACAUCUUACGGGAAAGCAAAAGAACGUGUCGAAUGAACCUGGGUGGUCAUUGUCAGACAGAACUGGCUUCAGCCAUCGCAGAGCAGUGGCACUACCUCAACUCUCCGAAUAGUCCUGGGCGGAAACGGAGAGACACGAGCUUACUGGAGAAACUGCUCGCGAUAAGUCCAUCGACGUCAGCGUAAUAGUGCGGACGAUAAAGCCUUGUUCGCACUGAAGAGAUCCGACUACAGUCCGCUGACUAGGAAGAGGCUGUAAGAGACCUUUACUUUGAUCACCAAGUUUUUCAUUGUUACAUUAAUGGCGGGUUGGCCCAGUAUGACAUAAAAAGAUAUUACGCCCUUCCGUGGCAUCUUUGACAACUAUCAGUGAGCACUCUACGAAGUCUUCUCGCCAGCUGAAGUAGAUGCCCGAGCAAUUUCUUCGAUGGGGACAUUUGAAGCAACAUAGUCAUUUAAAAUGAAAGACAUAAUAUGUAUUAAAUUGAAUACCUUCUUCUUUCAAACAGAUAUUCUUCAUUGCAUUUGCAUUCUUUUAAACUGAGAACCACCAAAGCUUUUCAAAACUAUACAUCUCAGCUGAAUUAUUAUAAUAAAUGAUUUAUCAUCUUAAUAUAAUCAAAUAUACAUUUAC